AUGAUAUUCCCGUCUAAGGCCUCCUGGGGAGUCGUAAUGGUCACAGGCCUUCUGGCCGCGACUGUUUACGCGAUCCCAAUUCGCGAGUCGAACACCGAUACCCAAAACAAACAGAGAUCAACGAUACAGCCUCGCGAUCCGAGAUUGAUGCCCUUGACCACUGAUUACAUAGACGGCAUUUUGGACAUACUGGGCAUGGAUUCCCUGAACAAAGUCCUGGUACCAACAUCUACUACAGCUACUACAGCUACUACAGAAACCCCAACCUCAAGCGCAAUCCAUGGGGUUGAAGUCACGACCACGGCGACUCCAACCAUUGCUGAGGAGAUGCCGGAGCCUUCCUCGAUCACGACCGCUGAUGAGAUGACCUUCACAACGACUAUCAAAAAUGGAAAUAAUAGGCCGAUUGAGAAUAUCCAAGUUGGACAAGGCUGGAAGGGCUCCAAUCGUCUCCAGGCUUCGGAUGUUCCUGUGAUUAUGGGUGCUGUUGAGGAGGAGCUUGCGAAUAGAUUCAAUGAUCUCGUUGAUAGCUCUGAUGAACUUGGGUUGGACUGA